AUGAAAUCCUUGAUACUCCUACUAGCAUUGCUUCCAAUUUCCCUACAAAACCCCCGAUACCGAAUAGAUGCUUCUGGCUACGGUGACAACAAUCCAGAGGAAGUACAGUAUGCUGCCAAGAAGUCUCCACGCAACAAACCUGUGGACUAUACGUCACCAGGAACUUCUGGUCCUAGUUCAUCGAAGCAGGGAGGAAAAACAACUGCUUACAGACCAAAUGAUGAAGCUCCUGCUUAUUCAGCUAUUCUUGUUCCUAACAAUUGGAUUAAAAACAACAUUUAUGCUCAGGCACUAGGACAGGUCAAUACUCAAGGGCAACAAAAUGUGCAAAAAGGAGGCGACCAAACUAAUGCUGGAGUUAAUAGUAAUCAGGUGAACGUCGGACAAUCCAACCAACAGGGAGCAGGUGCCGGAAGCUAUGGGCCCUCGUACGAUGCGCCAACCUAUACUGCUAUAAUUUUCCCUCGUACUAAUGUCAUUGGUAAUAGGAUAGACGCUCAAACCCUUGGUCAGGGUAACUACCAAGGGCAACUUAACGUACAGCAAGGAGGAGAUCAAGCUAACGUGGGCAGUAACGCUAACACGCUCAAUGUUGGACAAGUGAAUAACCAGGGAGUUACCGGACCAAGUUAUGAUGCUGGCGGACGAGGCCGUGGUAAUAAUAAGGAUGAUGACAAGAAAGGAGGAUCCAAAAGUCAACCGAUAAUUAUCAACAACUACAUAUACGUCACCCAAGCGGCUAACCAAGCUGUCAGUGGCACCGCCGCAGCGCCUGCACCUGCUCCUGCUACGAGCGGUUGA